CCGGGUCCGCCAAUGGCGGCCCGAAUGGCUCCUUCCCUUUGGGCCGCCUCGCUGCAGUUACAGCCGAGAAGUCGGUAGCGAAGGAGUCUCCGCCGCUGGGCUCCAGGGCGAUGGUUCGCGGCCUGCCGAGGUUGCGCAAGUAGCCGGGACGAGACGAGAGGCGAAGCGUGACUUGGAUCAAAAUGUUUUCAAAAUGGGGCAUGUCAAUGCAAGGUGUCUACGUUCUCCUGAGCAUUUACUACUUUGGAGUUUCAGAUGGGCUUAUGAACAUGUGUGGCUAUAUCAUCCCAGAGUCACCGGUAGUAUUGUCCAUUGGUUCCAAUUUUACAGCAUUUUGCAUUUUCGAUAAUAAUUGUUCUUAUGGCAAAAUUCGUGCUGAGCAAGUUAUCUGGAAAACAAAAACAACAGUUGUCCCUAAAGAACAAUAUAGCAUAAUAAAUGAAACUGUUUCUAGUGUAACAUUCAGUGAUACUUCUACAUUGGUUUCUCCUCUGACUUGCAACAUUUUAGUACCUGGCGGUUUGGUACAGAACAUCUAUGGAAUUCAAAUUCAACUGGGCUUUCCUCCCGAGAAACCUACAAACUUGAGCUGUAUUGUGAUUCAGACACAAGCAGCAUCCUUUAUUCAAAGAUGUUCCUGGGAACCUGGAAGAGAUACAUUAUUGACCACUAAUUAUACUUUAAAGCAUAGGUGGCCAACUGCAGCACUUCCUGAUUGUAUACCUCAAGAUAGUAAUAAUUCUUGUACCAUUUCUGUUGUCGUCUUUUUUGUUACCGUGGAAAUGUGGGUAGAAGCCAAAAAUGAACUUGGAGUAGCUGAAUCUGACCACAUUGAAUUUGAUCCCAUAUCUUGUGUGAAACCACUGUCUCCACACAAGCUGUCCCUAAAUUCAGGAGAAUUUCCUAGUAUCUUAAGGCUGUCAUGGGAAAACAGAUUUAAUGAACCUCAAGAACUGAAAUAUAAAAUUCAAUAUAAGAUCUUGAACAGCAAUGAUUGGACUGAGAUUCCACCUGUAGAUACAGCUUCGUCGAGAACUUCCUUUACUCUCCAGGAACUCAGGCCAAAUACAGCAUAUCAGAUUAGACUGUGUUGUGCAAUUCAUUCAUCAAAGUACUGGAGUGAAUGGAAUGAAGUAAUUGGAUUCACUGCUGAAGACAAACCAUCUAAAGGACCAGUUCUUUGGCGUAACAUUAAAACUUCUGGCUCAACAGGAAAUUGGACAUUAGGCCUUCUUUGGAAGGAGUUGAGUCCUUCUGAAGCAAAUGGAGUAAUUUUGAAAUAUGAAGUAUCUAUUUCAAGAAGACCGCCACUUUCUUUUCCAACUAGACAUUACACUCUGAAUACAACCAAACUGAUUUUAAAUGUAGAAAAUGGGACAUAUAAUGUGAGCAUUAUAGCAUUUAACAAAAUUGGUAAAUCUCCUACAUCACACUUGCUUAUUCCAGCAACUAAUUCAAAAGCUCCUGUGAAGAAUAUUCUUGCAUUUCCUAAAGAUGGCAAACUCUGGGUAAAUUGGACACCUCCCAGAGAGUCAGUUAGUAAAUACAUAAUUGAAUGGCAAGAAGCUUGUAGCAAUUUAAACUGCCCUACUGAAUGGCAGCAGGAACUUGGCUCAAAACGGAGAACAUUUUUAAAAGGAACCAUAAAGCCAUACAAGCGUUACAUAAUAACAGUAUAUCCAUUAUAUAGUGACGGUCAAGGAGAAGGAGAAUCAACACAGGCCUAUCUUCAACAAGAUGUGCCUGCUAUAGGACCCAAUGUUCGAACAAAGAAACUUGGAAAGUUUGAAGCUAUUUUAGAAUGGGAUCCUCUUUCAGUGGAAGAACAAAAUGGGUUUAUCAAAAACUAUACCAUUUCUUAUAAAACAGCGACUGGAGAUGAAAGAGUUGUGACUGUGGAUCCUUCAAAAACAGAGUACCUACUAUCAUCCUUAUUAAGUAACACUUUGUAUAUGGUGCAUAUGACAGCAUACACAGAAAGUGGAGGAACAGCUGGUUCUCAGUUUACAUUUUCUACAAAUAGAUUUGAGGAUGGAGAAAUAGAAGCAAUUGUUGUUCCUGUCUGCAUAGCAUUUCUUCUAUUUACUUUAUUUGGUGUAUUAGUUUGCUUCAGCAAACGAGAUAUGAUUAAGAAACACAUCUGGCCUAAUGUGCCUGAUCCUUCAAAGAGCGUAAUUGCUCAAUGGUCACCGCAGACACCAGCUAAGCAUUUUAAUUCAAAAGAGGAAAUAUAUCCAGAGGGCAGUUUUACUGAUGUCAGUGUUGUAGAAAUUGAAGCCGAGGACAAGAAAUCCCUUUCAGAUCAAGAUCUGAAGCCUUUUGACUUGCUUAGAAAAGAGAAGAAUGCCUCAGAAGGUCACAGCAGUGGUAUAGGAGGCUCAUCCUGCAUGUCUUCUCCUCGACAAAGUGUUUCAGAUAGUGAUGAAGGGGAACCUGCUCAGAACACUUCCAGCACCGUGCAGUAUUCAACUGUAAUACCCAGUGGCUACCGGGAUCAAACUCCUUCAGUGCAAGUCUUUUCCAGGUCUGAAUCUACACAACCUCUCUUAGAUUUAGAAGAGAGGCCAGAGGAUCAACAGAUUCUUGGAAAUGACAGUUCAAUGCCCAAGCAUCGCUACUUCAAGCAAAAUGGUAGCUGGGAUGACACAGCCACAGAUUUUGAAAAGGAGGAACAGAUUUCUCCAGUAAGUGAGGAAGAUACUACCAGGCUUCCAGCAUCACAAAUGGGUGAACCUGGCCCAGAAAAAGAUCAACAGGGAAUGGACUUCAUAGGUGCAUUUUCUCCUAACCUAAUGGAACAGGCUGGGAAGCUUGAAAACAACACAGAUAUGGUAACCAGUGAAGAGAUGCCCAAAAGCUACCUUCCUCAGACUGUACGGCAAGGUGGUUAUAUGCCCCAGUGAAAAGAAAAUACUGUUGUGCCAUUGCUUUGAUAAGUUAAAUAGUUUUUAAAAACCAUGCUUCAGGUGAAAAUCAGGCUCAUCUAUGGAAGCUAAUUUGGACAACAUGGAAUUUGGGAAAUUUGAAUAGACUUUUAAAGGAAAAUUUCUAGACUUAUACUGAAUGUUUCCUUCAAGCACUACAUAUAUUCAACUUCGUUGAUACAUUUAUUACAUUUCAGUUUUGUCCUGGGCAUUCGACUUUAUUUUUAAUAUAGAAUAUAAAGCUACAUUCAUUUUCAUAAAGACAUACAGGCCAGGAAUUGAUAAUUGCAAAUACUUCUCUGCAGUUAAGACCAUAAGAGGUUAAACUGUACAAUAUGAAUGCUCCGUUUGUGAUUGUCUAGCACCGACAUUUCAAAAAUAGUGUUUUAACUACUGUGAGAGUUAUGCAGAAGCAAAUAGUUUACUACCUAUCUGGCCAAACAUAAUUGCUUCAGGCAGAAUAUAAACAUUACAUGGGUCUAGGACAGCCUCAUAAUUAACUAACUAAAAAUGUUGUUUGCUUGGGCUCUUUCUCUUGACUGUAGCAUGUUACUUGUGUCAGCUAAGGACUGUAUUAAUUGAGUGAAUGAUCAGCUAAUUGAAUCAUGAUUAUGUCCAAAAGUUGACUGCUAAUAUUUCAUGUUGACUUUUGACUACCAGUAUUUCAUGCCUUUUGUAUCUUGCACUUUGAGCCAUAUCUGCAGAAAUGUAAAUACAACAUUUGGAACUCAAUCCUAUAAAGUUAAAUUUGUGUGUAUGCUUAUUUUUAUUACCAUAUAAUCAUAAUUAGGGGUUAAUUGUUAUUAAAGAGGAAUAUAUACCGUUCUUUUGUUAACUGUUAAAAUGCCAGGUUCUGGUAUUCCAUCCUGUGCAUAAUUAUGAAGGCUGGAAACCACGCAGCUGGGUUAUUGAAGACACCAUGCUGAGCUGUGGUCUUUGUUUUUCAGUUCGGUUCUCUCCUACCUAUGAAGAAAUUUAUUCAGUUCUUUUGGGUCAUACUAGUUUAUUAAAAAUAAUUUCCACAAUGCAUUAAUAGCUUGAAUGUCUUUUGAUGCAGUCCAGGAACACUAAAGUUGUAUAAAAAUUAAAGCAUAUUCGAUGGGUUUUUUUAGAUAAUUUUCAGUAUGUGUAUAUAUUGAAACUUUAUAAAUCAUCACCAUGACCAUUUUCAUGAUGUUCUUUUUCUUCAGAAGCAUAUUAUCAGUAGUAGCUGACAUUUAUACAGUAGACAAGCUGAUAAGUUUUACAACACAAGCUCAAAAUAUAACCACAAAUACAUUUAAUCAUUUUCAAAGUUUUCAAGUGUGAAAUUGGCUCGGAACAUGGAUGUAUUCUUGCUUAAAUGGCCUGAUCUUACUCUGCUUUUUCUGCAUCUGUCAUUGUAAUAUUUUCAUGCUUGGAAAUGAAGUCAAUGCACACCUAGUUAAUCACAAAUGUAUUAUGAUUUGGCUGUUCAGUUUGUUUUCGCUUUCUCAGGAAUUCAAAUCAUUUUUUGAAAGUUAACAGUUUAAUGCCUAUCAUUGAAAUUAUCCUAUACUGGAUCCUAGAAAAUGAGCAGAAAUUGUUAAUUGAUGAAAACGGAAUGAAUUGUAAACAUAAUCCACAAUUCUUGCCAAGUUGUCCUCAAAUCUUGGAGGAAGAAUUUCCAAGCAUAAUAGAGCAAUUUGACUCCCUAUCGUAUGGAGUAGCCAGUCCAUUAUUUUGUAUUUCUAUACAUCAAAUUAAAUAUCAUUGCUUUAGGUGAAAACCCCUUUCAAUUUUUUUUGUAAUAGCAGUUCUUAGCUACAUAUCUGAACCUCUAUAUUUUUGAAAGUUUUCAGUCUAUCAUUUAAACAAAGCAUUUUGAACAUGUUUCCUCUUAAAUACAGCAGCUAAAAGUCACCAAUUAAUUUUAUAAUUCCUAUAUUCUAAUUGUGGAAUGCACCAAGAGUGUUCAUUAACAUUAUACAAAAGCACCAUUAUCUAAAUUGGAGAAUGCUAUAUGACAAGGUGUUACUCAAAAAACAAAUUACAUCCCAACAAUGUAACUUCAAAUAUAUAAGAAUGGUGCUCAGAAUUGUAUUACUUCCUUAUAAUUUCUCCAACCUUUUGACCACCUGAAUUAAUCUCAUAGAUUUUUAGAUGGAAAAUCUUUGCAUUGUUAAUUCUCACUUAGCGUAUACAGUAUAAUAUAAUUGCUAGCAUGCAGAGCAUUUUCUCAAAUUCACAAUUACUACCUCAAUCUGGAAAAUGGGUAGAACAUUAUGACAAUGUCUCAAAAAUCCCCCCUAGCAAAGGGAUGGAAAAAGGGCUGGUUCUAAGUACCAGCUCUCAAGCUGGCUUAAUUUUUUUUUUUUAAUGGCCAUCAAACCAAGUUUCCCCAAAAAGGUUUUCAAUAUGAGCAAGGCUCAGAAUAUUGGACUUUGUUUUCUAAAGAUGGAUUACCCGAUGGAAAGAUUUGAUCAUGGAAGUUGAGACAGUCAGCCUCAGUUCCUUCAAGAGUGGAGUUUUUUCUGAUCUCCAAGGAGGAAGUUUUCAGUCUACCCUAACCCUAACCCUUCAUAAGCCCUAUGACUCCUGCUGGAACAGUAUUUUUUUCAAACUUGGCAGCUUUCUGAUGAAUGGAAUGCUGGCUGGGGAAUUCUGUGGUUGAAGUCCCCUCAUCUUAGUUGCCAAGCUGGAAAAACAUUGAAAAGGCUGUCACAGGACAUAUUUCAGCAUAAAUAUAUUUUUACAAAUUCAAUUUAUUAGUCACAUUUUAAGCCUCAAUUUCUUCAUUACUAUGAAACAAAUUAAUCUACCUAUCAGGCCAAUUAUUUUUUAAAUUGAGCAUUGACUCCAGUGUUGGAACUGGAAAACAAUUCUUUUUCUAGCAAUUUAUAUCCUCAUGAUACCUAGCCCUUGGUUUUACCAUUAUUGUGAACAUCCACUCGAGUCGACUUGGUAUUCAGUUCUGCUAAUAAAAUUCAUCAAAUAAAUUGAAUGUUGGAUUGUAAAACACUUAAUUGCCUGUGACAAUAAAUUAGGUACAGAAUAACAUAUGUAACAUUUUUAAUUAAAAUAGUUUAAUUCUGUACCUUGGUUUUUUUUUAAUACAAUGAAGAAGCAAGUAUUCUAGGUUUAUUUUUAUUACAUCUGAAAGUAAUUGAUAUGAUUAGGAAAGUAUUUUGUCUUGAGAUUUAUAAUUACAGCUUCCUUGCAUGUCAAUAGGAACGUUGCUCUUAAUGCCUUAAAGUUGAAGGUAGAUUAGUAGGAAAGGAAGAAAAUACAAGAAAAGUUACAAUGACUUUUUAAGGAUCUUCUGCUUUUUUGUUGUGACCUUUUCCUCAGGUGAAACCAAUAAUUUAACUUAAAUGUUAGUAUAUAUCAAAGCAGUUAUUAAUAAAUGUAGAAUCUGCUUUCUUACAGAAAUAUCCAUUAAGAAUUGAAAAAAUCUUUUAUCAGGUAGGACUAUUCACAGGAUGUGGUCAAAAAAGACAAGAUGUUGACCACAACAAAUGCAAUGCCUUUUUUUUAUAUGUAUUGUGGCCAUCAUUUUGACUUUUUUUGAUCACACCCUGUGGACAACCCGAAGAUGACGACUAUGGAUUUACUCAUGGUUUCCUAUAUAAUUGAUGACUAUAACUAAUUAAAAAUAAGAGGCUAAUUUGUGACAUGAAGUAGCAAUAGCACUUAGACUUAUAUACUGCUUCACAGUGCUUUACAGCCCUCUCUAAACGGUUUACAGAGUCACUAUAUUGUCCCCAACAAUCUGGGUCCUCAUUUUAUCUCUGAAGGAUGGAAGGCUGAGUCAACUUUUGACUUGGUGAGAAUUGAACUCCUGGAGUGAGCAGUGAGUUUGCAGUACUGCAUUCCAUCCACUGCACCACCAUGCCGUGAGGCAUUGUGAUAUCAUCCCAAUAUCACUGUGCCUCAUUAAAAAUGGUGUCCCUGCAUUGGGCUUUUGAUUAGUAUUAAAUCCUAAAAUGGCUGCUUGAUAACUUUCUAUUUCUUUUUGCCUAAUUACCAAUUGUAAAAAAAAAAAUACUUAAAAUGAUUUGAUAAUUGUAAAUUAUAAUUGACCAUGUAUGUUGCUAAAAUCUGGAAUUGUUAAGGUGAAAGGAAUUAGGAAAUGUUCAUUUUCCAUUGUAUGACAAAGUAGCAUUUAGAACAGUGCUUCUCAACUUCAGCAACUAAACUGUGUAGGCUUCAACACCCAUGUUGGCUGGGGAAUUCUGGGAGCUGACGUCCACACAGCUUAAAGUUGCCAAGGUUGAGAAGCGCUGAUUUAGGACUAUAGACUUUUGCAAACUAAUUCAGUAGAUACCUAUCUUGAUCAAUAUACCUUCCGCAGACCUGCUUCCUAUACUAUUGUUUCUAUCCACUAGAUACAUAUCCAACCAACUGGUAUUGUAAACUGAAAGAUUAGAUUAAUCUUUAUGAUUUAUUUCUUGGUCCUUCCACGUAACAGAUUCCUUCUCUAUGGACAAUGGAACUGUAAAAGAAGAUGCCUUUAUACGCAGCUCUUAACUGAAAAGCAUAAAACCAAAAAGAAAAGAUUUAUCUUAAAAAAUAGUUUUUAAAAAAACAAACAAAAGAAGCCAAAGGCAGAAGGGAAAUCUGUUUCCUUCAAGAAAUGAGGAGGGGUUGGGUGGAUGUGAAAGGACAAGGGCAGUACUCAGGACAUACUUCAUAGAAGCUUAUAAACCACACUAUUUGCAUUUAUCAAAUAUUGUUAAAGAGCAUUCAGUCCUAGAUUUAGACUAAGGAAAUAGGAAAUUACUCAUUUUAAAAAGUAUUGUAUUUGAUUUGCAGUUUAAUCUACUAAUAGUGCAAUUUACUGAAAGUAGCCAUAAUGUUUUCACAGAAUGUGUGUUACCUUUAUUUUACAUUUACAGCAGCAAAAUCCUCUUUGCACUCCUUUUGCAAGAAGUGAAAGAGCCUACAGUACAUUUAUCUGGCACAUAUUUACGUGCCUCUACUACCUGGUUAUACCAGAAAGAGUUCACAUUGCCAUUGCCAGACAUUGUUGCUUCACCUUGUUUAACAAUUUCAGUGGACAUAUGGUGCUGACUGAAUUUCUGUCCGUGAAUCUGAGAGAACGGUUCUAAGUGACCUAAGUUUAACUAUUGUACAAGUAGUCUUCUGAUAGCUAAGAAAUUAAGAGUUAAAUUAAAAAGAAACCAAAAUACAUCUCAAAAGUAUGAAUAAGGCAAUCAGGCUGCUGCUGUUGCAAUGAAGAUGUACACAUUCAUUAUUCAUUAUUUGAUCUGAGAAAUCUGGAGAGUCUGGUUUUUAUAGCCAAUUCAGUUUGAAUAAUAUACCAGUAAUCAAGGCCUUUGAUCUUUCCAGAAAGCUGUCCUAAUACCCCUUCCUCAUAAUGUGAAUGCAUGUUUGUUACUGUAUAAAUGUGAAAACACUUAUUGGCAUUUAAAUUUAUAGCUUUCAGUCUUUUCCCUGAAUUGCCAUUUGCGUAUUUUUUUGAAAUCCAUCUAUAAACAAUUACAAAAUUGUUAGAAGAAAGAGCUAUUAUGUUGUUUGUAUUGUUGGCUUUUUUAUUAUGUUUUUAUUGCUUUUAAAAUAAUAAAAAGAAAUUAAUGUCAUUUAAUGCCA